AUGCAGACGACAGUGCCGCUCGCGUGUUUCUUAUCGUUAAUACGUCCUCCUGGAAUCCAGUUUGAGAACGCUCUCCUACAAAUAACGCCGGUGAACAAAGGAAAAUGUCCGUUCGUCCGCGACAAUAUUGACGUUGUGUUUCAGUUAUAUACAAGAUACAACCCCACAGUGCCCCAUAAUCUGAUCAUCGAUGAUGAUGAAAGCCUAUUCGCUUCGAACAUCGACUUCAACGACCCAACAGUUAUAUAUUUCCAUGCUUUCAUGGAGACACCUGAUGAUGGCAGUGCCUUGUUGAUCAGAGAAGCAUACACCCAUCGUGGUGACACCAAUAUCAUAAUGGUGGACGCGCAAACACUGGAGGCAGGGCCGUGGUAUUUCAAAGCCGCAGAGAACACGUGGUAUAUUGGUCGUACAGCUGCUCAUUUCAUAGAUUAUUUAGUAUCUAGAGGUCUAAAUCUAUCAAAAACGCAUCUCGUCGGACACAGUCUUGGCGCUCAAUCCGCCGGGGUCGCUGGUAGCUCGAUAAAAUCAGGUCGCGUAUCCCGUAUCACGGGUUUGGACCCGGCAUUGCCAUUAUUCAACAAGCUACCAAUCCAACAAAGACUGGACCCAACUGACGCUGAAUUCGUUGAUGUUAUACACACUGAUGCUGGUAUAUUUGGGUACAACCAGCAAGUGGGCCACGUGGACUUCUAUCCCAACGGUGGGAUCAGCCCUCAACCGGGGUGCGAAUUGGAAGUAACUAUUCCCCAACAACAACUUUUAAACAAAUUUUUCUGCAGUCAUUGGCGUUCAUACAUGUUUUAUAGUGAGUCAGUUUUACGGCCAUCUUCGUUUGUGGCCACACGGUGUGUGUCUUGGAGAGAUUAUUCAAAAGGCUACUGUUCGAACGAGGUCACCACCCAUAUGGGCUUCGGUGUCGAUUUGAAG